AUGGGACAAACCCGGCCGAGUGGAUCAAUCUGUGUGAUCGGGUCUGCUGAGGUACGUUGGUCGAAGGGAAAGUGGAAAUUGGCACAUCUGCUCUGCGGACUCUCUGAAUCUUCGUCAGCGCUAGGUAGUGAUAAGUAUAUCUGUCGACAGAGACUAGGUCUUGGUCGAGCUUUCUGUAGCCUUCAGAGAGCGACGGCAGACCUUGUUGCGAUAUCGAGAGACAUGAGAGGGAGGUUUGGUAAAGAAGCUAGGGGAGCAGAAGGUGAAAUCCCUGAGCUGGAUCUAGUUUAUGGACAGGGGAGACGGAUACGAAAGAAAAGAAACGACGGGACGCUCGCAAGUUCAUUUGACGGGGGAUGGAUGGAAAUGAUUUCCGGCUGGCAGAGCAAAUGUGCUUGCCGUCCCUGGAAAGCUCUCGAAACUAACCUUGGUUCGCUUCAAUUUGCCUGUUCUAGGCUUGAGGAUCUCAAGCUUCAGUUUGAAGGGCAGAAUUUGUGUCCACAGUGGACUCAUCUACUAAGUUCCGCAUUCGCUUGUAAGCGGGUUACCAAUGUCCAAAUGUUGGAUUCUUCAAUGCAGGCCGUUAGCAGACAUCAAGAGAUGAAAGAGAUUGAUGGUAGGCUAAAGAUCCGGUCACCGCUGGAUAAUGGCGUCACCUGCUAA